AUGCCACCCUACCUGGGCUCCUCCGUGUGUCCCUGCUGGCACGUGUGUAUUGUGCCCACGAAAGUCACGUCGUCUGGACUCAUCUGCCCCCUGUGCCCGCGCCCAGGUUACCUGCAGCCCCGGGAUCUGCCCAGCCGGGGCGUCUUCCCCUUCCUGCGAAGCCUCCUCUGCAACACCGGGGCGACCUGCAGGAACCGAAGCUAUGCCGAGUCCUCGGAGCACCAGUUCCGUUCGCCUGCGUUCCAAGCCUCGGCCGGCCGUCACGAGGCGAUCGAUGACCUGGUCUUCCUACAAGACAUGCAGGACCUGGCCACUGAAGUUUGCGAAGUGAUGGAUGAGGCCGCCAACUUAAAGAAGCUUUGGGUAGAAAGAUCCGAGACACCAGGUUCCCCUCACGGCUCCGGUUUUUUCACAAUAGAUCUCAAUAAGACAGAGGAGGUGAUAUCGAAAUUGGAAAGCCUUCACCAGCAGCCCCAAAUCUGGGAUUUCCUACUUUCACUGCCCAGACUGUUCGCAAACACCGACCAUGCUGACGACGGUCUCGGCGGUGGAGUGCCCCUUCUCCAGGCAGUCCUGAAGAUCUUAAAUUCUACCAAGGAGCUUCUAAUGAUGGAUAAGAAGUUGCAUACCCUUGAAGAUGAGCAAAUGAACUUUCUCUUGUCGUUUGUGGAAUUUUUGGAGAAAUUGUUAUUGCCCAACCCUUUCAACUCACCCAGUGGGCCCACUGAGACUGUUCUGAAUACGAGUCAUUUUUUGGUGAAUCAUUUCAAGGGUUUAGAAAGAAAGCCAUCUGGUAUUGACACUCAGAAGAAACUUUGGGAAUUUGGCCAAGAGAUGAUUGAAAAAACACAAACUGUUGAAAAGAAGGAAUCAGGCUAUAUCUUGAGACUUAUAGAAACAAUACUUUUUGAGAUUAAUCCCAAGCUACUGGAAUUGUGGAUGUAUGGCAUUCCAGAAGGAGACAGAGCUAAGCUGGAAACCCUGUCUGCACUUUUAAAUUUUUCUGUUCUAAGAAAUGAGAGGAUUCUUAGCAAAAGCUUUAACGUUUCCCAGUUGUUGUGGUUGGAUUGGCCUAAGUCGGCAGCUGUGAAAGUGGAUUUUGUUCAUCUGAGCGAAACUAUACUAGACAUUCUCUGUGAGUUUGGGUUUCUGGGGCCGGAACAAGUUUCAGAAGCUCUGGGCACAGUGCGUGCUGUCAGGAACGCCUCUGACCUCCUCUCAGCCCUUUCUGAACCCCAGAAACAAGAAGUGGGUAAAAUAUUGACUCACUUGUAUCUAAAUGUCUUUAAGGAUGAAGAUACAGCUUUUCUUCUGCAGGUGUAUUCUUCAUUUCACCAGUAUAUUUAUAAAUUCUCGGGCAUUCAGAGUAGAGAGUCUUUGCUAUCUUCCCUUACACAAACCUCAAAACACAUUUUGGAAAUCAUAAAACAAUUUAAUUUUCAAAACAUCAGUGCAGCAUUUGCAUUUUUAUAUGAGACAACAGAAUUUCUUGGAGGGAUUUCUGAAUUACCCUACUGUCAACAAUUACUUUCUGUUUUCAACUUUCUGGAGCAUCAAGUGCACUCCCUGGUGUCUACGGAGGGCCCAGCGUGGGAAGCGACCCACGCGACCUUGAUGGGCCUCAAGCAGCUCUUCACGGAGGACGAAGAUUUUCGUGUUUCUUUAUUCCAGUAUGUGAACCAGCUCUUCGAGGGUUCAGCAGCAGCCUCGCUGGGCAGCGAGUGCUUUGCGUGGGGUAACAAAAGCGCUCCUCCUGUGAGCCGUUCCGCAGACGGGGGGUCUCCCCAGGGGCAGGUCUUUUCACACCGCUCCACCCGCGAUGGCGUGUUCGGCGAGCUGCAGGCUCUGCACUGCUUCGUCCCAUGGCUGCGGAUGUGGGCUGAGGUCUGGGCAGGCACGGCGGCGCAGGUGCUGCAGUGGGAUGCGAGCGUCUUCGCCCCUCUGCAUGCUGGCCUCUCUCAGCUUGCGGAGGAACUGGAAAGUGAUGUGAAGAUUUCCGAAAGCUGCCGGGGGCUGUUUCCUACCCAUCGCCCUGCGAGGCUUCUGUUACGUCUACUUAAAAGCCUGCCUCCAGGGGGUGGCUCCUGUGACCGGGAGGGGCUUCUGGCUCUCCGGCAUCUCUGGGCGGCGCUCCGUGGUGCGUUAGUCAGAGUCGAGUCGCUGCCCUGGGACCAAGUCGAGCGGUCCCUCUUCGCCGUGGAAACUGCCCUGCGUCGGCUGGGGGCGUUCCCGCUGAACACGAGUGCCGGCAGGGAGUUUUUCCGAUCCCUGCUGGGUGUCUUCAUGGAGCUAGGCGACGCCUCAGAACCCAGAGACAGACAUGCCCGUUUGAUAGGUCGCUUGCUUUCCAGUAACCUCACGGAUUAUGAGGCACAGCUUGAAAGUGUCAUCGCUGACCUUAGAGAAACAAUAUUAUUUCUUAGAAACGUGUCACAUGACCGAGACUUACUGUCCUGUGCUGAUAUUUUCCAAAAUAUUACUGAGUUUAUUUUGGAAGACGGCUUGUCACAUGUAAACACUUCACGAAGGACAUUGCAUAUCCUGGCCCUGUUAAACUCCUCGUUUGACUCUGAGGGCUCCAUCAGCAGACUGAAAGGGUGCAUCGAACGGGCGCACGGCAUAAACCAUCUCUGUGGGAGAGGCAACCCUAGUUCUUCACAAGACCAUCUUCAGGGCGUUCUGAGGAGUUUCGGAGACGUGGAAAACAAAAUUAACUCUACGUUGACCCUCAUUACUUGGCUGUUGAAUACAGUAGAACCUGGCUGUCCAUUGAAUAUGUCAAAUAUAAAUUGUGUGAAUAUUUACUUAAAAAACAUAACUGACUUUCUACAUGUUAUUCUCACUACAGUCUUUGAAAAAGAAAAGGUACCCAAAUUCGAGAUGUUAUUAACUCUUUUAAAUGAUUCCACAAACCAAGUAAGGAUGAUUGUCAGCAACCUAACCAGGGACUUUGAGUUUGCAUCUCCACCCACCUGGAAACGGUUUACUGAGUUAAUUCUACAACCCAUAGAAGUGUCCGAUGAAAUUCCUAGCCAAUUUCAAAAUAUUUGGCUGCAUUUAGUAGCUCUGGGGAAAGAAAUUCAAGAACUUGUGAGAGAUAUUUCCCCUACCAUUCUGGAAAAUAACCUCUCUUCCAAAGCUGAAAUGUUUUUAAGUAUAUUUACUACCAGUCCAAAGGAAAAGUAUAUAAAUCAUCUAGGCCAUUCACUUUUUCAUUUAGCUAGUUACCUUGCAUUCAACUUAUCACAUGAGCUCCGAAAUUCACCCAAAAUAAUUCCACGUGAAGUAGUGAAAGCUGUGGGUCUUGGUAUUCAGUUGAUUAGGGAUCUGUUCAACUCCCUGACGCCCUCUGUCCUUCACAAUGUUCCGGAAGGUCCAGGCAAUCAUAAAGUUAUGAAGAAGGUGGCUUCUCUUCUGCGUGCCCUGAGGAACACCGACAUAGACCUUCUGGUGGACCAACUUGAACAAGUUGGCGAAAGCCUAAUGGAAUUUUUUAAGAACAUAAGUAGGCCAGGCGCUGAUAACGUGGGGGUCGACCUGCUUGUCGGCCUGAUGGAAAAGCUGGUAGACAGCUCCCGUGCUUGGAACGCCAACCAGCUGCUGAGGCUGUCCCGCCUGUUCCCCCGACAGGACGUGGAUGUCAUGUUGGGCCUAUACUACGCCCUCCCUCACGCCGCCAGGCUCCUGCAGAGAGCGGCGGGCCGCAACGUCACGGAGGUCCUUCGGGACCUCUACAACUUCACGGUCCUUCACGGCACAAGCAUUUCCAGUGUCACCAAGGAAGACUUGGCUGAUGCGAUAAAAACCCUUCUGGACACCGUUGCGCUGGCAUCAGACAAACCGAGCCUCCUUGGGGAGGCCUUAACUUGCCUCCCUGUGGUUUGGUGCCGGAACCGCACAAGUUCCGGAUCUCAGCAGAAUCCAAAGUUCGCAGCCUGCCACGGCCACAUCCACAGCAGAGUGGCCAGUGUUCUGGACAGCCUCCACCUGUCUCCCCCGGGGGAAGCUUCGUGGUGUUCAGACGAGAGUGCACAGCUGGAGGUGACUGGGAGAGCGGUCUGCGCGAUUCAGGGACUAGUGGACUGGGCCUCCCUCCUCCCGGUGCUGUCCGAAGUCCUCCACGUGAAGACUUCCACGUUAAAGCACGUGAGGGCGGUGCAGGGAGUUUGGCAGAAGGUGUUGCCGUUUGUCCCCUCUUUUGGAAAUCAGAGCGACGGCAGCAUCUCCGGACUUUGUCCCAGUGGCCCCAUAAAGCAGGCUGCUUUACAGAUCAUAGAAACACUGAAAAACGUUAAUUUUACAGAAGCCACACCGGAUGAAGACAUUCUGGGUAAGCUAGCUGCUUUAAACAAGGUCCUUAGCAACGAAGGCACGCAGGCGUCUCUUAGGAACAUUUCCGUGUUCUUGGGAAGGAUGAUGAAGUCGCUUUCCGGCGACCAGAGCCUGGGGAAUGGCACCCGCUCUCUCGCCUCUCUGUUCAUGACGUUUCUGAACGCAAACCUAACGGGAAGGGGUUUCAAAGCGCUAUCGAGUUUUCUUAAAAAACGUGAAGCAGCUUACAGUUUUGAGGAUCUGUGGCUUAAGUCUGAGCAAAUCGUGAAAGACCUAAACCGUGAGUUAAAUAGCAGACCCCUGUUCUCUGACAGUAACAAAGAAAUUCAAACCAUUAACUCAGUGGCUCUUCUAAAUGUAACCUUGCAACUUGCCCAUUUUUUGGAAAACCUGACUUCAUCGCAGGCAUUAGAAAUUACUGAAGAUUUUCCAUCGGUCAUGAAAAACUGGCUUCAUAAAUAUGCAAAUGAGGAAUACUCCAGAAUGAUACAAGCAUUAUCUCCUCUUACAGCCAAUGGGAGUUCACCUGACCACACCGCUUUGCUGACUGCAGGCGUCACUACCUUUCUGGGUUACCUCAAGAGCGUUGCUAGAGAAGGUGAUUUUGGUGCUGGCCUUCUCACUCAACCGGUGGACCGGGAGCAGCCAUCGAAUGUCUCCGUUGUCCGGUUGCUUUUGGAAAGCUUCCUGAUUAACUCAGUCAGUAACUUGGCUGCGAGUCCUCCAGAAGCGGCCUGGAGUGUCGGUGGCCGCGACCUUCCCAUCACGGAUCUCUUGAACCUCACCUUGACCCCAGCACAGUCAGGAGAGGGUGAGAGGAUGACUCCGCCUCCAGGAAGCGUAGUGGAGUUCGCGGGACAGCUUCUGGAAGCGUUCUUCCCCCUCCUGGACAAGGAAGGCCCCGAGAAGAGAGCGUCCGUCCUGCCGAGAGGUUUCCGCAGGGCCGCCGCCGCCGCGGAGGGGAGCACUGCUGGACUGUGUGAGGACCCCCAGCCGCCCGCGCAGCCCCCGGCGGCCGCGGCCGCCCUGCGGAGGGUGAAGAUGCUGCUCUUGCGUGCGCUCCUCAGGCUCGCAGAGCACCCCUCCACGGCCGAGGCCCUGCUGUGCGCCGCCCGGACCCGCGGGCCAGGCUGGGGGCGGCGGCUGGUCGCUGCUGCUCUGCAGGCGGCCGCUGUGCUGUGCGACCUCUACCAGGAGCUGGAGGAGGGGUGGUCCUCGCCCCACGAGGUGCUCAGCUGCGAGGGUCUCAGCGGGAACCUCUCCCGCGCCUGGGAGCUCUUCAGGAGCCGCUUGCGGCACGCCAGCGCCCAGGGCUGUGCGCGCGCAUCCGCGCCGGACUGGGCCCCGCAGCACCUGCUCAGGCUGGCCCGAAGACUCGGGGAGACUCUGUUCUCUGGGACGCCGGUCAUGGCGCUUCUCGGCAACUUCUCGGUGACCCCGGGCGUGACGGUGAGAGAGCUGAUGAGGAACGCCACCGAGGCCGCCGAGGCACUUCGAGCUGUCCCCCUCUCGGAGGGGACCGUCAGCAGUGUUCUGGAGGCGCACGUUCCCCACUCACAGGUCCUGCCGGGCGCCCUGGCGGCGGCUCUGUCCGGGAGGUGCGACGAGGCCGUGCUGCGCCUCCUGCUGGCCUUCCCGGGGGGCGAGCGGCCCGCGCCGGCCGCGAGGGAGCUGUGCAGCCUGCCCGGGGCCGCCACCUACUCCCUGCUGGUGUCCGUGGGUCGGCACCUGGACCCGCGCCGCUUCGUUUACAAGACGCUGAUACCGGCGGGAGCCAACCGCGUGCUCCGCUCCCUGCUGGACGUGGUCUCCCGGCUCAGCCGCCUGCUCCCCAGAGCCGGCCGCGUCCUGGAGCACCUCCCCGAGUUCCUCCGCGCGUCGGGGAUCUCAGCCUUGCUGGACGUGUCCGGCUUCCACCAGGCGCCGCCCGGGGAGCAGGCCCAGAGGUCCGCCUUCGGCUCCUUCCAGGAGCUGAUGAAGACGGUUUGCAAGGAGGAAGCGUCCUUCCUCGGCGGCUCGCGCCCGCUCCUGCACUUGCCCAGAGUCGACGAGCUCCUGGGCGCGGACAAGGAGAAGUUCCACGUUCCUGAGGACGCCACUCCGUUCUGCCUGGAGCUCUACCAGGAGAUCCUGCGGUCCCCGGACGGCGCCCUGGUGUGGUCCUUCCUGGAACCCGUGCUGCUCGGGCGGAUCCUGUACGCCCCGAACACCCCGGAGGUCAGCAGGGUCAUUCGGAAGGCCAAUCACACCUUCCUGUUUGUGGACAAGCUGCGGGCCGUCGCAGAAGCGUUGCUGAAGGCGUCCGGCGUUUUUCAGAGUGGCGGGGACAGCCAGCUGCUCGGCCAGCUGCAGGAGGCCCUGAGGAACAGGUUCGUGAGAAACUUUGUGGGCACCCAGCUGCGCAUCGACAUGGACCAGCUGAUGGAACGGCUCCAGACGUACGGGGGCACCCUGGGCAGGAUGCUGAGCCACGCGGGCACUGCCCGCGUCCUCGCCCUGGGCCGCGUCCUGGUCAACCUGUCCUCCUGCGUGGCGCUGGACCGCUUCCGGGGGCUGGAGUCCGUCGCCGAGCUGGAGGCCGCAGCUCGGGAGCUCAUGCGGGAGAACAGCUUCCUGGCCAGCGUCACCUUCAACACACCCGCGGCCGGCGGCAGCAGCUCCGGGGCGGGCCCCCGCCAGCUGCCGCCCCGCGUCUCCUACACCAUCCGCACCAGCUUGCUGUACAGCCUGAGGACCGACCUGGCGAGGAACCCCUUCUGGAGGUUCCACCCGCAGAGCCUGCCGGCUGACGGGUUCCGGUACAACUACGUGUUCGCCCCGCUGCAAGACAUGAUCGAGAGGGCCCUGGUCCUGGAGCAGACUGGGCAGGGGGCCGCGGGCCCGGCCGUGCAGGCGCAGGCCAUGCCCUACCCCUGCCACCACAGCGACCUGUUCCUGAGCAAGGUGGGCUUCUUCUUCCCGCUGAUCCUGAUGCUGGCCUGGGUGGUGUCCGUGGCCAGCACGGUCCGGCAGCUGGUGCGCGAGAGGGAGAUCCAGCUGGACGGGUACCUGAGCAUGAUGGGGGUGCACCCUGGCACCCACUUCCUGGCCUGGUUCCUGGAGAACGUGGCGGUGGCGGCGGUCGGCAGCGCCGUCCUGGCGGUCGCCCUGAAGGCCAGCGGCAUCUUCGCGCACAGCGACGCCCUCCUGGUCUUCCUCUUCCUCCUGGACUUCGGGGUGUCGGUCACCGCGCUGAGCUACCUGCUGAGCGCGCUCUUCCGCCGGGCGAGCACGGCCGCCCUCUGCAGCAGCCUGCUCUACGUGACCAGCUUCCUGCCCUACGUCGUCCUGCUGGUGCUGCGUGGCCGGCUGGGCGCCGCGGCACAGGCCUGUCUGUGCCUCUUCUCCACCACGGCCUUUGGGCAGGGCGUGUUCCUCAUCACCUUCCUGGAAGGGCAGGAGGCAGGGGUCCAGUGGGGCAAUGUGGAGCAGUCCCCGGAGCCGGUGGGCAUGGCCUUCGGCGCGGUGUGCUGGGUGCUGCUGCUGGACUCGGGCCUCUACCUGCUCUGUGGGUGGUACCUGAGCAGCCUGAUUCCCGGAACCUUCGGCGUCAGGAAGCCGUGGUACUUCCCGUUCACCGCGGCCCACUGGAGGAGCGCCUGCGGCGUGGCGGCCCAGGGGCUGCGUGGCCUGUGUUCUGGCCGGCCCCUGCCCUGCGCGGACUCGGACCCUGCAGGCUCGCCCCCGCCACCCGGAGAGGAGCGCGCCCCAGGCGUCACCCUGGUGUCGGUGACCAAGGAGUACCAGCCCCGCCAGGCGGCCGUGCGCGACCUGACCCUCACCUUCCACAGAGACCAGGUCACGGCCCUGCUGGGCACCAACGGCGCCGGGAAGACCACCGUGCUGUCCAUGCUGACGGGGCUGCAGGCCCCCACCUCUGGCACCAUCCUCGUCGAUGGCCGGGACCUGCAGACGGACCUGCCCGCGGUCAGGAGGGAGCUGGGGGUGUGUCCUCAGCGGGACGUCCUGCUCGACCGCCUCACCGUCCGGGAGCACCUGCUGCUCUUCGCGUCCCUCAGGUCGCCGCAGUGGGCCGCGGCGGAGCGGCAGCGGCACGUGGACGCAACCCUGCGGGACGUGGGCCUGGAGCAGCACCGGCACCAGCAGGCCCGCGCCCUCUCGGGGGGCCUGAGGCGGAAGCUCUCCAUUGGCGCCGCUGUGCUCGGCGGGCCGAGGACCGUGGUUCUGGACGAGCCCACCAGCGGGGUGGACCCCUGCUCCCGGCGCGGCAUCUGGGACUUCCUCCUCAGGCACCGGCAAGGCCGGACGAUCAUCUUCACGACCCACCACCUGGACGAGGCGGAGGCCCUCAGCGACCGCGUGGCCCUGCUGCAGCAGGGCCGGCUGCGGGGCUGCGGGCCCCCCCUCUGCCUGGCCCAGGCCUGCGGCAGGGGCCUGCGCCUGACGCUCACGAGACAGCCCUCCGUCCCGGAGGCGGACGAGCGGGAGCACACUGCGUGCGCCACGUCCCUGGUGCAGACCUACGUCCCGCGGGCGCGCCUCCGACACAGCCGUGGGCGCGAGCUGAGCUACGCCGUCCCCCCGGACGCCAACCACGCCGGCCUCACGGGGCUCUUCCAGGCCCUGGAGCAGCACCAGCACCGCCUGGGCCUCACGGGCUGCGGGCUCUCGGACCCCACGCUGGAGGAGGUGUUCCUGGCGCUUUCGCAAGGCUCCGGACAGCAAGCCGAGGCUGCCGCCGGGGCGGAGGCCGAGUCGCGCAGCCGCGGGCCUCCGGGGCGGGGCCCCAGGCGCCACGACGGCGCCCCGGCCGGCACCCUCGCCCAGGCGGCCGCCCUGCUGGCCCAGCGGCUGCGCCACGCGCGCCGGGCCUGGGGCGGCACGCUCGCGGACCUGCUGCUGCCCGUGCUCUUCGUGGCCGUGGCCAUGGGCUUGUUCAUGGUGCGGCCUCUGGCCGUCGCGUUCCCGCCCCUCCGGCUGAGCCCUGGCCACCACGAGGGGGCCGAAGCGUCCUUUUUCAGCAGCGGUGGCAGCGGCGGCGGCGGCGGGAGCGAGGACGGGGAGCUGGCCCAGGUGCUGCUGCGGGCGUUCGGGGCCGAGGGGCUGCUCUGCGCCGGCGGAGACCCAGACCCGGACCCGAAGGACCCUUCCUGUUGGCGCUCGGACCCGCCUCUCCGCCCCCACGCCCCGGCUUCCUGUGGCUGUCCGGCCUGCCCCAACGCCAGCACCGGCGCCGGCGCCCCCACGCUGACCAGCCGCCUGGGCCACUCGCUGCUGAACCUCUCGGCCGCCCGCCUGGAGGAGUUCCUGCUGCUGCCCAGCGACCAGCCCCGGCUGGGCGGCUGGUCCUUCGGCGUGCGAGCCCCAGGUCCCGGUCCAGAGGCCCACGCGGCGGCGGCGGCGGCCACGCCGAGGAGCCUGGCCAAGGUGUGGUACAACCAGAAGGGCAUCCACGCCCUGCCCUCCUACCUGAACCGUCUCAACAACCUGCUCCUGUGGAGGCUCCUGCCCCCCGCCGAGGACUGGCGGCGAUAUGGAAUAACACUGCACAGCCACCCGCACGGAGGGGCCCUGCUGAACGAGGACAGGAUCCUGGAGAGCGUCCGCCAGUGCGGCGUGGCCCUCUGCAUCGCGCUGGGCUUCUCCGUCCUGACGGCCUCCAGGGGCAGCGCCGUGGUCAGGGACCGCGUGACCGGGGCCAAGAGGCUGCAGCACAUCAGCGGCCUGGGCCACGGGACCUACUGGUUCGCCAACUUCCUGUACGACAUGCUCGUCUACACGGCCUCCGUCUGCCUGUGCGUCGCCGUCGUCCUGGCCUUCGGGCUGCCGGCCUUCACCUUCCGCCAGAACCUGGCCGCCACGGCCCUCCUGCUGCUGCUGUUCGGGUACGCCACCCUCCCGUGGAUGUACCUGGCCUCCAGGGUCUUCCCCAGCGCCGACGUGGCCUUCAUCGCCUACGUCUCGCUGAACUUCGUCUUCGGCCUCUGCACCCUGCUGAUGACCACCAUGCCGCGGCUGCUGGCCAUCGUCUCCGGGGCCCAGAACUUACAGGACAUCUCGGACGCGCUCCGGUGGGCCUUCGCGCUGUUCCCGCAGUUCUGCCUGGGCCAGGGGCUGGUGGAGCUCUGCUACAACCAGAUCAAGUACGACCUGGCGCGCGGCUUCGGCCUCGACUCCUACGCCAGCCCCUUCGCGAUGAGCUUCCUGGGCUGGACCUUCCUGCAGCUGGCCUGCCAGGGCUCGGCCCUGCUGCUGCUGAGGCUGCUGCUGCACGGGGACCUCCUGCAGUGGCCCAGGAGCCGCGCCGCCAGCGUUCAGGGCACGGUGACGCCCUGCGAGGACCCGGACGUGCAGAAGGAGCAGACGCGGGUGCUGAAGGGCGGCACCGCCGGGGACCUGCUGGUGCUGUGCAACCUCGGCAAGACCUACCGCGGCCUCUCCGGGCGGCGCACGGCCGUGCACGACGUGAGCCUGGGCCUGCGGCGCGGAGAGUGCUUCGGGCUCCUGGGGGUGAACGGAGCUGGGAAGACCACCACCUUCGAAAUGCUGAGCGGGGACGUCGCCCCGACCUCGGGGCACGCCGUCGUCAGGACGCCCGCCGGGGAGGACGUGGCCCUGUGUGCGGCCCAGGCGGCGGGCAUCCGCGUCGGCUACUGUCCGCAGCAGGACGCCCUGGACGAGCACCUGACUGGCUGGGAGCACCUGCGCUACUACUGCCGCCUGCGCGGGAUCCCGACGUCACGGGUCCCGGAGGUCGCCGGGGACCUGGUGCGGCGCUUAGGCCUGGAAGCCCACGUGGACCGGCCCGUGGCCACCUACAGCGGGGGCACCAAGCGGAAGCUGUCCACGGCCCUGGCCCUGCUGGGGAAGCCUGACCUCCUGCUGCUGGACGAGCCCAGCUCGGGGAUGGACCCCUGCUCGAAGCGGCUGCUGUGGGAAGCGGUGGGGACGGAGGUUCUGGAAGGCUGUGCGGUGGUGCUGACCUCGCACAGCAUGGAGGAGUGCGAGGCCCUGUGCACCAGGCUCGCCAUCAUGGUCGACGGCCGCUUCCGGUGCCUCGGGUCCCCCCAGCACCUCAGACACAGGUUCGGGGACGGGUACACCGUCAGGGUGUGGGUCUGCGAGGAAGGCGGCCCGCACGCCGCCGUCUCCGCCUGCCUGCAGCGGCACUUCCCGGGAGCCCAGUUCAAGGGCCGGCGCCUGAACCUGCUGGAGUACCACGUGCCGCGGGCGCGGGCCGGCCUGGCCGCCCUGUUCCGGGUGCUGGAGAGCAGCAGGGCCGCGCUGCGCAUUGAGCGCUACGCCAUCAGCCAGGCCACGCUGGAGCAGGUGUUUAUCAACUUUGCCGCGGAGCAGCAGCCGGCCCCAGCAGCCGCUCCCGACCUCUGCGCCGACGGCGGCCAGCCCCACCCCCUGCCGGUGUGAGUCCCGGGACGGGCGCCGGGGGGACUGCCGGUCUUUGUCCAGGCCCUCGUGGAGAAGCCGGCGCGGAGCGGAUGGCAGCGCCCCCCGCGCUCGGACCGCUCUCUCUGCUUCCUCUCCCGCUCUGGCGCCCCGCGAGCUCACAGCCAGCGGUCGGGCGGUCGUUCUCUCCCGCGGACGCCGGGGGGUCCUCCUCCGUGGGGGUCCUGCGGCUCUCGGCCGAGGAGCCCCGGGGUGGGGGCCGGCCUCCCUGCGACCGGGCCUGGGCGGGGUCCGAGCCCAGACCCCCACGGCUUGGAGCUGGGCAUCACCGGUCUCCAGUGUUUGCGCUUCCUUUCGAGGAACUCGAGGCCCCCGGGGUCGCACACCCCCCACGCUCUGGGGGAGGUGGCACCCCAGACUUCCCGUCACCCCGUCGUCUCUGUGCUACAGGUGCUCGCCAGUGUUGCGACACAAGCUGAGUGAGUUGGAUGCAAACCGCUCCUCACACUGGGUGGCAUUGUGUGAUAGGACGUGAAAAAUAAAGUUGCCAUUUUUUUCUUCUAAAAGAUGCUUUUUAAAAGAAGUAGGGACUAGAGACCUUUUUAGUCAACACUGUAGCAAAAUAAAAUAAAUUGUACUUGGCAUUCUAGCAUUUAUACAACUUUUACCAGAAUUUCACAGAGUAUAGUUUUAGGGGAGUAUAAAAGAAAUAUGAUGUGAAUGUAUUUUCUGUUCCUUAAUUUGUGUUAAUAAAAUUACCUUCUAAAAAUUA